AUGGUGCGUGGGCGAAAUGCAGAUACGCCGUACGAGCGCGUGGACGACAACGAUAGCGGCCAGGACGAGGUCGAGCUCUCGCUCUUGGGCGACGGAGAUAAAGGUGAUCGCCAUGGCGACGAAGAGUCGCUGCUUGACGACGAGGACAGCACGGUAAAGAUGGUGCGCCAGAUCGUACCCGAGACCGACAUCCCGACGCUUCCCUCGCUCACCUUUCGGUCGCUGCUGCUGGGCUGUGCAUUUACCGUGCUUGGCGCUGGCAUGUCACAGCUCUUUUUCUACAAAUCGAACGCGCCGGUAUUCAGCAGCUACUUUGUGAUUCUCGUGACGCUGCCGAUGGCGCGUUGGAUGGCGAGGAAUCUCCCGGACAAGCGCGUAAGCAUCUUUGGGUGGUCCUUCCGCUUGAAUCCCGGACCGUUUACUGCCAAAGAGCACGUUCUGAUUGCUGUCACGGUCUCGUCAGGCGCGACAAGCGCGUACGCGUCCGACAUUAUCAACAUCCAGGAGCUCUUUUUUCGCCAGCACAUGUCGGCGAUUCCGGCACUCACCUUGCUCAUCACGACGCAGGUGAUUGGGUUUGGAUUCGCGGGACUCGUGUACAACCUUUUGGUGCGGCCGCCGUCGAUGGUGUACCCCAGCACGCUCGUUACAGUCUCGCUGUUUAAUACGCUACACGACACAGAGUCAUCGCUGACGCGCGUGCGAAUGCGCUUCUUUGUGAUGGUAUUCUUUGGCAUCCUCUUUUACCAGUUCCUGCCGACGACCUUUUUCCCGACAAUGAGCAGUGUUGCGGUGCUGUGCUACGUGAAUCGCAGCAGGGUGACGCAGAUUCUGAGCUCGGGCUACCGCGGAUUUGGCAUUGCCAACCUGAGCUUUGAUUGGAAUGUGGUCGGAAACAGCGGCCCUCUCUUCCAGCCGUGGUGGGCAGCGCUCAAUUUCUAUGGCGGUCUGAUCGGCAUGAUGUACGUUGUGAUGCCGCUGCUCUACUUUUCCAAUUUUUGGAACGCCAAGUCAUUCCCCGCAGUGUUGAGCUCGGGCCUGUUUACCACAAACUAUACCAAGUUUGACGUGGACGGCGUGCUGCAAAAAGACAAUACGCUCGAUAUCGCAGCAUGGAACGAGAACAAGCCGAUGCUUCUUACGCCCUUUUUCGCCCUCUCGUAUGGAAUUAGUUUUGCCGUCUUGACCAGCACGAUUAUGCAUGUGGUGCUGUGGCACGGCAAGGAUGUGAAGAAGGCCAUGUUUAAUCCAGUCUACUCGGACGUGCACAACCGACUCAUGCAGUCGUACCCCCUCGUGCCCCAGUCGUGGUACCUGUCGACGCUGGUGCUGUCGCUCGGUGCAGCAAUUGUGCUGGUCAUGACGACGCCCCUACAGUUUCCGGUGUGGGGCUUGCUGCUCUCCGUCGGCAUGUCGCUCUUUUUCCUGAUCCCGAUUGGCAUUCUCAAGGCAGUGAGCGAUACAGGCGUCGGCCUGAAUGUGAUUACCGAAUUUGUCGCUGGUUUCCUUAUUCCCGGAAAGCCAAUCGGAAACGUGUGCUGGAAGUGCUACGGCUACAUGAGCUGUGCACAGGCCCUAGACAUGAUUGGCGACCUGAAGCUCGCCCACUAUAUGAAAAUCAACCCCAAGCACAUGUUCCUUUCGCAGUUGAUUGGCACUGUGAUCGGUUGUGUUGUGAAUUACAUGGUCGUGUGCGUCGUGCUUGCCCCCGAGAAUGGGUACCGUGCCUUUUUGGACGGAAGUGUGCCCGACCCCAGCGGCCAGUGGGACGGACGCAAAGUCCACAUUUUCCGGUCGGCGUCGAUUAUCUGGGGCGCCGUUGGCCCCGAGCGCUUCUUUUCCGGUGAGUACCGCAAGUUGUACUGGGGAUUUGCGCUCGGUGUCGUGAUUCCGUUCAUCCCCUGGCUCCUGCACAAGCGCCUCGAGCGCAUGAAGAACAAGGUGCUGCGCGAGUCGAUCUUUAGCAAGACGGUCGUGCCAAUUAUUCUGCACGGUGCCAUCGCUCUUCCCGCCACGCCGACUAACAUCAUUAUUGGCGGCUUUGCCUGUGCGUUUUUGUCACAGAAAUGGGCACGCGAGCGGUAUCCCGACUGGUUCGCCAAGUUCAAUGCAACAUCGCCGACGUCGUCCCCGGCCCCUGUUGACCCCGGGGGUGGCGGCUCGUCCAUCUUUAGCUAUCCCUUUGUGACGCUUGCCGUGGUCGCCGUCGGUGUCUUUGUCCUAGUGGUCAUUGCGAUUGCCAUCCGCCUUUCGAUCUGGAACCGGCGCUCGCAGUCAGGGCAGUAUGCGCAAGGAGAUGGAAUGUACAUGCCGCCGAACCUCUUUUCCACGGUUCCUGCUGUGGAUCCGGUGCAGCCACCGACGCUACUGGAAAAGACGGUUGCGCCGCACGCAUUCGACGCGACGAAGCCAGUCACGUCGCAGGCGCCCGACUGGGCCGCCAUCCAGCCUGUAUCCGUGUGCUUCGACAAAGACUCUUCGGACAAAAUUCGCACGUCGCUCAACGCACCGCAAGACGCAAACGACCCGGCGAGUAACGAGCCACUGGUCGGCAGUGCGCAGGUUACCUGCUUGGUCUCCUUGCCUACGUCGCGCACUGUCUUCCCCGCACGCCUGCGCAAGCGCUCCGGAAAAGACCAAAAGUGUUCAGCUUUUAACCCGCUCUUCCAGGGGUCACAGGUCAGCUACGCAGGUGAUCUGACCGGCGAUCUCUCGCGCACUGGCUCGCUGAAGCGUGCGCCGAGUAUUGCGUCGCGCAUGUCCGCAAAAGAAACGAGCGACGCACGUCGCGAUGCGUACUUCCAGACGAUGGAACGCGAGGCGAGCGAGGGCGGCCUCGCGCCGCCCCGCCCCCCCUUGACUCGCAACGACUCUCAUAAUUCGGUCGGGCCGACAGAGCAGGCGCCUGUUGACGACGACGAGCAUGUCGGCAUCUUUGCAUUUGGUUCCGUUACUCUCCCCAUUCAAAAGUCGCGUACGACUGGAUUCUCGGAAAAGAACUCUUCGCUCACGAAAGCAGACCUCCUCGCGUUGAUGGAUCAGGCACACAAUGUACAUGCCCCUGUGAAGCCCGAGGAUGUGCAUACACACACAUAA